AUGUUCAAGUUGAACUUCAGAUUCCGUAAUUUUUGGUCCAAGACUGCAGGACGCACACCGACGGCCGCCCCUUCACCCCAGGCGAAACAGGAAUCACCUUUUCUCACCCGACUCCCGCCUGAAAUCCGCGUCUUGAUCUACAAACUCGUUUUCGCCCGCGACACAAUCCACCUCUUGCACAACAAGGGCCGGAUCAGCCAUCUCCGAAUACCCCUGCGGAGCGGACCGGCGCCCCACGAGCGCGAGAGUGAUUACUACUAUAUCUACGCCCCAUUCUCGGUGGAAAGGCCGCACAUCUCCAGCCUCCUCCUGACAUGUCGCCAGAUCCACAAGGAGGCUGCGCCCGUCUUCUACUCCGCGCCCGUCUUCCGAGUCUCGCUGCAGGAGACGUGGAAUGUGUUCGCCAAGCUCAUCGGGCCCGAGAAUCUGGCGCACGUCAGAUCCCUCCGCGCGCCUGUGCAUCUCCAGCAGGCGCAGAAUUCAAGUUCCCCCGCGCUCGCAUCUGGGAUCAACAGCAACAGCAGCAGCAGCAGCAGCAGCAGCAGGGGUAGGGGUAGGAGGAGGGGGGUUGCCCAACCAAACGCGCCGGCCGCGUCGGUGCUGCGGCCCCCCACGGGUAGUAGCUGCAGGAACGAGGAGAGGAAAGUCUACGACGAAUUCUACGACAUCCUGGCGACGCAAAUGCAUGGCCUCAGGGAUCUAAUGCUUGUGUUAAUGUCGCUACCUCACGGCCAGGUUCGAUCGUUGCAGGCGGAGUGGCAUGGCCCGCUCCGGCGGCUGAGGGGACUGAGCAAGUUUUCGCUUGAGAUACGGAAUGACGCCGAUGCCGAGGCUGAGGAUACUGCGGCAUUGGUUAUGUUUCUGAGGGAGACGUCGUUCAUAACCAUGUGGGUUCAUGGCUGA